GGAUCCUACUGUCUACAUCUCAUGGCCAUCAACUUCAUACCGCAUUAGUCGUUUGGACACGUCAACAACAUACUUCAGGCAGAGUCUUGGACCGUCCUCACUGGGCCAUUCAAGACACCGUAAACCACCCUACAAACAUAAGCCCUCAGCGCUCACACGAGACUCAACAAUUCCUUCAAAUCGGCGCGCCUCCCAAUUCCCCUUUGACGUCCCUUUCUCCUCUGCCCCGGAGGGACGCACCUCUGGGUAAUCACCAUCUUUCAUACGCUGUCAGUGACCGGCAAAUCCCUAAUUCAGUAGAUCAGUAGAAAGGCGGGCGAUUGGAUAAUCCCCUGCAUCGCGUUUUGCUUGCUCCCAUGGAGGCCGAAUCCACUUCUCCAUGGCGCUUCGCCCAGUGCUUUGGAGACAAGGGGGAGGUGGAGGAUAUCACAGAGGCCGACAUCAUUUCAACGGUGGAGUUUGAUCAUACAGGCGACUAUCUGGCAACCGGGGAUAAGGGUGGUAGAGUGGUUUUGUUUGAGCGGAAUGAGCAGAAACGUGGAUGCGAAUAUAAAUUUUACACAGAGUUUCAAUCCCAUGAACCAGAGUUCGACUAUCUGAAAUCACUAGAGAUCGAAGAGAAGAUAAAUCGCAUCAAGUGGAUAAAGCGACAGAACGCAGCCCAUUUCUUGCUCAGUACGAACGACAAAACGAUCAAGCUGUGGAAGGUAUUCGAUAAGCAGAUCAAGAUGGUUGCUGAAAACAAUCAUUCCGAUGGCUUUCAAGCGGGCGGUCAAGGCCCAUCCGGUCCACCGUUACGACUUCCUAGAAUGACGACACAUGACUCCAUCACUGCCGCUGUCCCUCGGAAAGUGUAUGCCAAUGCCCACGCCUAUCACAUCAACUCUAUAUCAGUCAAUUCGGACGGCGAGACAUAUAUUUCUGCUGACGAUUUGAGGAUCAAUCUGUGGAACCUGAAUAUCAGCGACCAGAGUUUCAACAUCGUCGACAUCAAACCUGUCAACAUGGAAGAACUGACCGAGGUCAUCACCGCCGCCGAAUUCCAUCCCAUACAUUGCAACCUUUUCAUGUACUCGAGCUCAAAGGGAACGAUUAAACUCGCCGAUAUGAGAGAGUCCGCGUUAUGUGAUCAGCACGCAAAACAAUUUGAAGAGGAGGAGGACCCGUCCCAGAAAUCCUUCUUCUCCGAAAUUAUCUCUUCCAUUUCUGACGUCAAGUUCUCCCGUGACGGAAGGUAUAUCCUGUCGCGCGAUUACCUCACGUUGAAAAUCUGGGAUAUCGCAAUGGAAAAUAAGCCAGUGAAAACAAUCAACAUACAUGAUCACCUCAGACAAAAGCUUUGCGACCUGUACGAGAAUGACUGCAUUUUCGACAAGUUUGAGUGCACGUUCAGCGGUGAUGGCAACCAAGUGCUCACUGGGUCAUAUCAAAAUUACUUCCGGAUCUACGAUGUCAACGGAGACAACGAUGUCGUUCUUCAAGCCGACAAAUCUGCCUUCAAAGCGAAGAAGAUUGGAGGUGCUCGAGGCAAGGCGCCAGGCAAGAAGGAGGGAUUGCAGACGGAAAACAUUGACUUCGCUAAGAAGAUACUUCACGCCAGCUGGCACCCGAGAGAAAACACCAUUGCCAUUGCCGCCACCAAUAACCUGUUCCUCUAUUCGACACUGUCAUGAUCUCCGUUUCCUGUCUCGUCCUUUUGCAUCUUCUUUUACAUUACGACCUUUGCAUUCAAAUUUUCGUUUUUUUUUUCCUAACCUCGAGCAACGUCUCACGAUACCAUCUAUCGACAUACCCGCCCUCCUUCUUCUUCCCUCAUAAGGAUGGAUGUACGACUUUCACUUCGCCAAAAGCAGGACCAAAUCUCAAUCUCGCGGCCGAACAGAUACUUCAACCUCAAUUUAUCGCCAGAAGAGAUCAGACCCCCACCCCUCAAGCAGAGAAUCAAAAAGAGAGAAACGUAGAGCAGUGUGUAGUGUUGAUUGCGAUUCGAAGUAAUCGAGUUUGUGGACAGAGACAUAGGUGUACUCGAAGCAGAAUGAUUUCAAAGCAUAAAAGUGGCCUAGUAGAAAUUGAGAAAGCAGCUUUUGUUCAUAUGCUCUUCUGCAAUGGACUCUCCGUACGAGUUGUUGCCAGGAUCAUCUCUUCAGCUUUACGUAAUUUUCUGACUCG